AUGUCCGAUGAUAGCUUCACGUUCCCGACUGAUCCGACGAGCGCAGAAUCGCAAUUCACCCAGCAGGACCUGCAGCUCCUAGCACAAUCAUCGCCAGAAUCGCCUCUCCGAGUUGUUGCACUCGUCGAUUACGACUCAUUCUAUGCUCAGUAUGAAUCAGUCAGGCUGGGUCUGCCCCCUUCCAAGCCACUCGCAGUGCGCCAGUGGAACGCCAUCAUCGCGUUGAAUUAUCCAGCAAAGGACCGCGGGCUCAAGAGGACUAUUUCGGUGGAGGAAGCCCGUCGACUCUGCCCAGACAUCGUCCUUCAACACGUCCCAACUUGGAGGGAAGGCGACGAUUGCUGGAGGUACAGGGCUGACGUGCUGGACAAUUUGACAACAGAUAAGGCCUCUCUAGAUCCAUAUCGCGACAUGUCACGAAGGACGAUGAAGCUCGUGCGAAGGAUUCUUCCGGCCACACCUGCGCCUACAAUCGAGAGAGCCGGGGUGGAUGAGUUCUACGUUGACCUGUCAGCUCAAGUCUACCAAAUUCUGACGGAGCGAUUUCCUGGAUUGGGAUCGCUCAGCAACAGCCCGGAAAAGACGCUACCAUUGCCCCCGGUGGACACGUCGCUCAACUGGAAGUCGGACAAGGUGAUGGAUCUUCCCAAUACCCGUGAUCCAGAAUACAUACUCGAUUGGGACGACGUGGUAUUGAGCAUUGGGGCUAGCAUUAUUCGCAAUAUCCGCAAAGAGAUCAAGGCGGAACUGGAACUCACCACGUCCGCCGGCAUUAGCCAUAACAAGAUGCUCGCCAAGGUCGCUUCUCGAAUGAACAAGCCAUUUGGCCAAACAAUCAUCAGGCGCAAAUGCAUCCCCACCAUUAUGCCGACCCUCAAAGUGACUUCGCUCUCCGGCUUGGCAAGGCAGCUUGGUCAAAAAGUCGUCAAGACGUUUGGGUCCGAUGGCAUACGCGACCUCCUCCAGGUCUCGCUUGCAGAGAUGAGGUCAGAGUUGGGAUCGCAAGAUGGCCAAUGGGUGUACAGGGCGAUCAGAGGUGAUGAGACAGGCCCAGUCAGGCCCCGGAGUGAAGUCCAGUCUUUGCUGGCUGCAAAGACCUUUGUGCCCAAAGCCGAGAACCUUCAACAAGCCAGCAAAUGGCUGCGAAUCUUUGCUGCGGAUCUUGAGUCGCGGCUGCGCGAUCUCGAUCUUGAUUCAGAGGUGCCUCGACGGCCCAGGACUAUUGCCGUCCAACACCAUAUCCGGGGUCGGUUCGGCCCGACACGAUCCAAGCAAGCGCCGAUCCCACCGCACGUCGACAUCAACCGGGAGACCAUAUUCAACAUGCUACAUGGCUUACUCAAGGAUCUUACAGACCACGGGGAGUCUUGGCCGUGCUUGGGUAUCUCUGUUAGCAUGUCGAAUCUGGAAUCCGGGGUGCCUACGUCUGACCCCGGGCAGCAUAGCAAGAGAGUGCAUGUAGCCAACGACGCAUUAUGCUCAGCAUCGGGGAGAUUGGCUACUACAAGUACCUCGGCACGGGCCGUUCAAGGUGGCCCAAGAGACGAGCAAGGACAACAAUACUUGUGCCCUAAGUGUGACGAGCCUGUGCAGCCAGAAGAUGUUCUCGAGCAUUUGGAUUGGCAUGUUGCAAUGGAGAUCCAGAACCAGGAGAGCUGA